CAUGCGCACUGUGACCAUCCCAGCACUAAAGAGUGCAGUGCACAAGUAGCGCGAGAGAUGAAAACUCCUCCAGACAGAUCAGGGAUCACCUUCGAGGUCGGAGCUCAGCUGGAAGCCCGAGACCGCCACAAGAACUGGUACCCGGCCACCAUCGAGAAGAUUGACUACGACACAGAGCAAGUCUUGGUCCACUACCGCCAGUGGAGCCGGAGACACAAUGAAUGGUUCCAGUGGACGUCCCCGUACCUGCGUCCUCUGGAGCGAGUGAGCCUGAGGAGGCAGGGCCUGAACCCUCCCUGUUCACAGCCGAGGUUCCUCUCAGGGACUAAAGUUCUGGCCUGUUGGACCGACUGUCGUUUCUACCCCGCCAAAAUCCUGAGGGUCAACAGAGAUGACUCCUACACAGUGCGUUUCUAUGACGGCGUGGUUCGGACUGUGAAGCCUACCAAGGUGAAACCUUUCCAGGAAAAGUCCCGAUCUGAGAAGAGCGCAGUGGGAAGCGAGGGAUGGGAGGAAGGGGAGAGCGGUGAGGAGGAGGAUGGUCGAGGGAGUGAGGAGGAGGAGGAGGAGGAGAGGAAGGAGGGGAGGAAGGAGGAGACAUCAGAGGAGAAGGAAGGAGCUGAGGAGGAGAAGAGGAAGGCAGAACCUUCAUCCUCACAUCCAACAGCAAAGAAGAAAACAGAUGACAGUGGCAACGAGCCAAUCACAGCUGACUCCUCCCACUCAGCUCCUCCUAACCCCGCCUACCUGGAAAAAGAUGUCCUGAUGGAGCGUCAGGCUCACCUGCCCACAACUCACAAGUUCAGCAGAGAACCACUGUAUCGGGUGAUUAAGAACCAGCCUCCUCCCAUCCUCUCCAUCGAGCUCGACCACAACCCCUUCAAGUGUCCUGCGGCCGGCUGCACCAAGUCCUUCAGGAAGGCCAGUCUGCUGCACUACCACAUCAAGUACUACCACUCUGACCAGCAGCUGGACGAGCCGGACGGCGAGCCAGAGCCAGCCAGGAGGAGGAGGUCAUCUUUCAAAGGGGGCGACGUGAUGUCAGAGGGCAGGAAUGAGGACCAGGACAGUCACCAUGACGACAGGGAGCACAGCACCAUGGAAACAGGAGAAGUGAAGAAGGAAGGAGGGAGGGAGCUGGACAGGAAGGAGAGGAAGAACUUCCUGAGAGUCAAACUCAAGAAGAAGAAGAAGAAGAAGAAGAAGAGGAGGAGCCACUCAGGACUCGUGAGCAGUGAUGACGAACUCUCAGACCAACAACCGCUCACUCUGAAGCUAAACACAGAGCUGCACAACAUGGACACACACGCUGACGACGGCAGCGAUUGGUCGACACUGACUGCAGAGAGCGGAGAGGACACGCCCUCUUGGCCCGUUGCUAUGGAUACAGAUGAAUGUGAGAUGGUGAGGUGUGUGUGCGAGGUGGAUGAGGAGAACGACUUCAUGAUCCAGUGUGAGUCGUGUCUGUGUUGGCAGCACGGCACCUGUAUGGGUUUAUAUGAAGACAACGUCCCUCACAACUACAUCUGCUACUACUGCAGACACACUGCAGGUUGGAGGCGGGCUCAGCGUUUCCUGCCGGAGCCUGAUUUGUUGAUAUCUGGUCACAUGGUCGGCCUGUCCUGUGUGAAGGAGAACUACUCAGAGAUCAACGCCUCCAAGAUCUCACACACCAACCGCCUGCUGGCGCACACACAUGGCCUCAAUCAGGUCCUCAGCGGCCUGCAGCUCAAAGUCAGCCUGCUCCACUCUCCAUCACAUCCGGACCUGCAGCUGUGGAGGUUACCAUGGAUACGAGAGGAGGGGCCCAGGCUGACAUCUAGCCCGAGAGGAGAGACUCCGCUUUGUUACGUCAGCAGCGAGCACUGCUACCAAAAGCCCGGAGCAUCAUGGGAAAAAGCAGUGGAUACAUCUACAGUCAAGCAGGAGCCGGACUUUGAGCCGAAGGAAAUCAAGUGUGAGGACGUCCACCACAAUCCAGCCCACGAUGAUACACACACUGUCACACACACACACACAAGCACACACACAGACAGCAGCACAUACACACACACACACACGCUGGAGCCGUGUCAGCUGAACCUGCAGGAACACAUCGAGAGUCUUCACCAGCAGAUCAGCUGCAGGAUGGACAUGAUCGAGAGAGAGCUGGACGUAUUAGAGUCAUGGUUGGACCACUCGGGCGAGCUCGAGCCUCCUGACCCUUUGUCCCGCCUCCCACAGCUCAAACAGCGAAUCAGAAGACUGCUGCGCGACCUGUGCACCGUGAGACGCCUGUCCGUUUGGCGCUGACCCUUUUCAUUCCCUGAACCCUUUUGACCUUUUGACCUUUGACCCCUGAAGUCUUUGCUGGACAGAAAGACUGACAGGAGCGAGAAGACGUGGAGACGGACUCGUCACAGAGUGUCUCAGAGCGACAGCACAGCGCCCCCCUCUGGUGAAGGACAGCUGUCACAUGAAGUGACCACGGGCUCUGACAACGUGACCAGCUGCUGUCGUCCACGUUGUCUUUAGAUCAACUUUUGAAUCCACGUUUGGAACAGUACCUUCAAUCAUGUAUUAAAAAGAGAGAGAGAGAGAAUGGCAGUCAUUUGGUAUUUGUUCAGUUCGGACGGCGUGCAGGAGUUCAUGUGGUUCAUGCUGCUCCUUGUGU